UUCGAGUGGGAUGAAGCGGAAGAGAAAGAAGUUAAAAGAAUUUUUAAGAAGAAAGCCGGUGAUCACAUGCGAAAUGUGAUGAAUAGAGCAAAGAGAAGACAAGAAAAGCCGGAUUUUAUUACAGCUGACAAUUGGGCGGAAAUCAAAAGAAUUUGGGACACCGAAAAGCAUCAGCAAAUCAGUGAAAUUAAUAAGAAGAAUCGAGCUUCUAGUUCUAGUGAAGGGUCUGCCACAUAUGCUGGGGUCUCUAUUAAUAUCGGGGAGCAUAGAAAAAGAAUGGCAGAUGAAUUGGGGACGGAACCAACAUUUAUGGCUACAUUUGAACGCACCUUUCAGAAAAAAGAUAAGACAUGGACCGGCAAUCGAGCAAAAGUUAUUAAGGACAAAUAUGAUGAACUUGUAAUGAGCACGGCUGCUGCUAGUGGUGAUGGUGAUGGUGAUGGUGAUGGUGAUAGUGUCUGCUGCGUCCGAGCCAUCGGUUGUGAUAUGGCAUUAUGGAUGGAGAUAGAAAAAUCCAACGAAGAAACUCCAAUUACCGCAAGCAGAACUAUCGAAUACAAGAGAGAUCUAUCGAUAAGGAGGAUAUUAGAGAAAGUGAUUGUAGAAGCAAGACAUCAUUACCACGAACGUCUUGACGGGUGGUUUAUUCAAGAUCUUGAGUUGUCUCUCCAGCUCCAAAUCAUCUUCAAAAAUGCUGGUCUUGCCCCAAACGAUGUGAACUCUCCACAAACUUAG